ACUUCUCAGCACACGAGCAGGCGGCAGCGACGCGGCUGGGAAGUCCCAACAAAACCCUCUCUUUCAAUGGCGAUGCCAGAUUCCGAUUCCGACAAUGCACUGGCAAGAUCAACCCACGAAAUCAACACGCUCUUCGUCGAUACCAACCUCGACACCCAUCUCGCCAUGAUCGUAUCCGGCACCGACACCGUCUCCGACCUCAAAAAGAAGAUAUUGAGCGAACACCCACACUGCUUUCCUGACUUUGGGGAGGUAAAAAUCCACGCCUUAAAGGUGAAGCGCAAAGGCUACUAUUAUCACCUUUCAGAUUCUAUGUUCAUUAAAAGUGCUUUUGAAGGGGUUAAGAAGGGUUGGUUUCUCUCUGUUGAUGCUUCUAGUUUGAAGCUGAGCAAUUCUGCUAAAAGUCAACCAGACUUACUUUGCACCAUAAAAACUCCUUCAGAUGAGAGAAACCAUCAUCUAGAUGCCAGUCCUUCAAGAAACUUAUCUCUUCUUGAUACGUCCUUGCCACAACCUGGAAGCAUCCAGUACAUCAACCAGGAAGUUCCAAGCACUAAGACCAAUGUGAGGACAGGUUCUGAAGAACUCUCUGAAAGAUGUGUUGAAACAAGGGAUAUGACUGUUGAUGACAAUGUGCAUUGCAAUGGCUUAUUUAUAGAAGCUUCAACAUCCAACCCUACUGCAGAGAAAAAGAGGAAACGAAAAGAAAACAAAACUUCUCUAUCUGGUUUUAGUGAAGAGAUUCUUAACCAGAUGGCUAGAACCUCUGAGAAGACUACGGAGGAUGAACAGAAAAAUACUGUUAUGGAGGACAAGCACAAAACUACUGCCACUAAUUCAGAUAAUUUAUUUACUGAAUUUCCUGAACAUAUCCAUUUGGCAGCCAGUAAAAGCCGCAGGAAGAACCAAAAGAAAAAGAAGAAAAAUUUAACAGGAGAUCAAGUUGUCACUAAUGAGACUUCCUUUGUUAGUGAUGUUGGAGAAGUAAGUUUUAAGGGAAACAUGGAUUGUAUUGCUAAUGAUUUGAAUAUGGCAUCUGAUGCAGCAAUGAUUUCUGAACAAAAUAUUCAGCAUUCAACACUUUUGGGACCAGUUGAAGUUUCUCAGGUGCAAAAGCAACCUGAACCUGUCCAAGAAGCUGCUGUAUGGUGCAAAAUACCUUCUUCAUCCCUAGGCACUGAUGUGUGCAGAUCUGAUGCUGCAAGUACAAAAGGUAAAAGUGAUGCUCCUGAAGUAGGAACUCAAACUGGAUUAAACGUGACAAAGAUUUCAAGGAAACAUGACUCCAAUAAUCUGAAAGAGUUUCUACCGCAAGCUGUCCCUGUGUUUGCUAAUCUGAAGGAGGAUAGCACACAAUCUGGGCAUGAAAAUAUUGUCUCUGACAAUUACAAGGCUGAGACCAAUCUUCCUGGAGCACCAUUGUAUGGAAAGCAUGACUACCUGUGCCAGGAUGAACCACAUGUCCAUUCAGAAGAACCAGUUGUUUUAGCUAAUACGUCAGAAGCCAACAAUGCUGUGGAAACUGGGAGACUUGGCAGUACAAGAAUGAAAAAAAGAGCAAUGAAACCUGUUGCAGUGAAACAAGUCACGUCGAGCACAGAGCAUGCUGAUAAUUCUGCUAGAGACAUUUCUUCAACUGCACCUUAUUCAUCUUUUGAUGAUCACUCCAAUGAGGAAACUAAGGAAGGGGAAAGCAUGUUGUCUCAGGCUGAAAGGGAAAAAAUAUCAAAACAAAAAACUGAGGAUACUUCUUACAAAGGUACUAAUGGGGAAAAUGUGGUUAUGAUUGGAAACGAAGCAGAAUCUUCACCUUUCACUCAAGAAAAUAGAACUGCAGAAAUAAGAAAGAAGAAAUCUGUUGCUGUGAAACAGAUCACGUCCAGCACAGAACAUGCUGAUAAUUCUGCAAGAGACAUUUCUGUGACUGCACCUUAUUCAUCUUUUAGUGAUCGGUUGAAUGAGGAAACUAAGAAAGAGGAAAGCAUGUUGUCUCGGGCCAAACGGAUAAAAAUAUCAAAACAAAAAACUGUGGAUGCUUCUUCCAAAGGUGCUAAUGAGGAAAAUGUGGUUAUGAGUAUAAACGAGGCAGAACCUUUACCUUUCACUCAAGAAAAUAGAACUACAGAGAAAAGAAAGAAGAAAUCUGUUGCAGCAAAACAAGUCAUGUCAAGCACAGAGCAUGCUGAUAAUUCUGCAAGAGACAUUUCUUUGUUUGCACCUUCUUCGUCUUUUGAUCAUCACUCCAAUAAGGAAACCAAGAAAGAGGAAAGCAUGUUGGCUCAGGCUGAAAGGAAUAAAAUAUCAAAACAAAAAAGUGUGGAUACUUCUUACAAAGGUGCUAAUGGGGAAAAUGUGGUUUUAAGUGGAAAUGAGGCAGAUUCUUUACCUUUCAGUCCAGAAAGUAGGACUAAGGAGAAAAGAAAGAAGAAAUCUGUUGCAGCAAAACAAGUCAUGUCAAGCACGGAGCAUGCUGAUAAUUCUGCAAGAGACAUUUCUUCUCCUACACCUUAUUCAUCUUUUAAAGAUCACCCAAAUGAGGAAACCAAGAAAGAGGAAAGCAUGUUGGCUCAGGCUGAAAGGAAUAAAAUAUCAAAACAAAAAACUGUGGAUACUUCUUACAAAGGUGGUAAUGGGGACAAUGUAGUUAGGAGUAUAAACGAGGCAGAUUCUUUACCUCUCAGUCCAGAAAGUAGAACUACAGAGAAAAGAAAGAAGAAAUCUGUUGCAGCAAAACAAGUCAGGUCAAGCACGGAGCAUGCUGAUAAUUCUGCAAGAGACAUUUCUUCUGCCGCACAUUAUUCAUCUUUUAAAGAUCACCCCAAUGAGGAAACCAAGAAAGAAGAAAGCAUGUUGGCUCAGGCUGAAAGGAAUAAAAUAUCAAAACAAAAAACUGUGGAUACUUCUUACAAAGGUGGUAAUGGGGACAAUGUGGUUAGGAGUGUAAACGAGGCAGAUUCUUUACCUUUCAGUCCAGAAAGUAGAACUACGGAGAAAAGAAAUAAGAAAUCUGUUGCAGCAAAACAAGUCAGGUCAAGCACGGAGCAUGCUGAUAAUUCUGCAAGAGACAUUUCCUUUGCCGCACAUUAUUCAUCUUUUAAAGAUCACCCCAAUGAGGAAACCAAGAAAGAAGAAAGCAUGUUGGCUCAGGCUGAAAGGAAUGAAAUAUCAAAACAAAAAACUGUGGAUAUUUCUUACAAAGGUGCUAAUGGGGAAAAUGUGGUUAAGAGUGGAAACGAGGCAGGUUCUUUACCCGUAACUCCAGAAAGUGGAACUACAGAUAAUAUAGAAUUUAGGGAUGAGAACUCAUGGAAAAAAGGAAAAAGGAGGGUGAAAUCUGCUGCAGAGACCCUUGCCGAUUUGUCAGUCGAACAUCAAGAACCUUUUCAGCUAAAUCAAAUUAACAUGACUCAGAAGAAUGCAGAAAAUAUGGAUGAGAAAUCAAGAAAGAGAACUAAGAAUAGCCAAAACUUUGCUGCAAAGUGUCUUCCAGAUUUGACCACUGAAGAACAAGAAUGUGGUGCUGAAGAAUUAACUUGUCCAAGAGACACACACACAGAGGUGGGCACUUCAUCUAAAGUAAGAAAGAAAACCAAAUCAGUCAAAACAAGUUCGAAAUAUCAAUUAUCUGGACAGGAGUUGGAACUUGGGAAAAAUAGUGGUAGUGAAUAUGGUUCAGUCCAUCCUGCGCAGACUUUGAGGGCUGGAGAGUUGGUUGAAGUUCCAUCAGCAGAUACACAUAGAGGUAAUUUUUCUGGUAUGCCUCUUCGACAUGAUGCCAAUGGUAAUGCUUUGGGGAAUCACAGUAUGAAUGAUGCUAAUGAUCAACUUGAAGUUUCCAAGUCUGGUGCUAAUCAGGUUGACUUCAAGGACUACUUUGUUCGUGGAGUGAACAAGCAAGAAAUUGCACCUGUUGAAAAGGCAAGUAAAGCGGAAAGAUCAGUUGCGGAGGUGAAAGCCAAAAAGCUAGUUGAACCUUCUUCGGCCUCCUCACCUGAUAUACGGGAUCCACUCAAGCCGAAUGAAAAUCCUGGGAAUAAAAAGAAGUCGCUUGGUAGAAAUUAUAGUAGCAUUCAACAUGAAGAUUCACUAGUGAAGGAUGAACAUAAUAUGGUAGAGCUUCACUCCAAGUCAUUAGAUGUCCCCAAGAAUGAGAUAAAAGCUCGUGAGUCUCAUGACAUCAAGCACAUAAAAAAUACAACUCAAGAAACCAAGCUGUCUAAUGUUGCCAAUGGUUUAAAGAUGAGCGGCUACGUGCCUGCUUAUCAAAAGGAAAACAGCCAAUCUUCAGAUGCAGCAAACUCAAGCUCUGAAAGUUCUAGAAAAUAUCUCCAAAAUAAAAAGGAAACCAAGCGUCAAUCAAGUUUGGAUAGCCAUGUGAUAGUUGCCAAAACUUCUAGUAGAAACAGGGGGGAAGUUGUUAACAGUUCCAGGCAAGAGAGAAGUUUGUUAGCUACUCCUGGUACCAUUUUCAGGGAUGGUAGUAGUGAUAGUUCUGAGGAUGAGAAUGGGGCUGUAAAUUCAGAUGCUAGCACCAAAACACCCUCAGAUAAUUCGUCUUCAUCAGGUUACUCAGAAGGAGAAACCGAGGCUAUCCAGAACUCACCAAGAAAUGGAGGUGGUGCAAAGCGGAAAGGUGGUAUGAUGAACUCACGGAAUCAAUUGUGGCUUCGAAAUUAAAAGCUUGUCCAACCUUUUGGACAAUCACGUGUCCGUUCAAGGAGUCCUUAAAUAGUGAUGAGCUGCACAUCCUUUGUAAUCAGUUGGAAGAACAGAAAGGGAGGGGGGCCAGAAAAGGGGGAUUACAGGAUCGUUUGAAAGAACCUGCAUACACUUCCUAGACACAUUUUUAUGCUCCUCUUUUUGUUUGGUUUUCUUAGCCAGAUUGAAGAGCCUAGGAUGCACUAUUAUUGUUCAUAACCCGGAAAAACAAACUGGUUCCAUCAAGCUCAGCACGAUUUACUACUUUUACCUUGCUUCUAUGCUAUCAAUGCUUCUCACAAGUCUAUUGGUUGUCUGAUCAGGGCUUCGGGGGGCCAGAACAUAACAAUAGACAUGAUUCUUAGAAGUUCAAACAGAUUCAAGAAGGCCAAACUCACAGCGGCUCAUCAUCAUCAUCAUCAAUCACAACUCGAAGACACGGAGAGCCAGCCUGUAGAUUUUGUU